AUUCCAUUUACACCGAGCGCUACAUGGACUUGCCAAGUAGAAACGAAGCCGGUUACAAGGCCGCCAACGUUUCGAACAAGAUUGCCAACUUCGAGAAGCACGAGUUUUACUUGCUGCACGGGAACGCGGACGACAACGUCCAUUACCAGCAAGCCAUGCGCCUGGCGCGCGCUCUGGAAGAGAACAACAUUUUCUUUCUGGCGCAGAGUUACCCUGACGAGAACCACAGUAUCCGCUCGGUGGUGCAGCACGUGUACAUGUCAAUGACUGUCUUCUUCGACGAGUGCUUGGCCCCGUUUAACUCCGCCCCUACGAAGGUUCUGCUGCCUGCUCUCCUGCUCUUUCCCCUUCUAGCUCGUUUGCUGGCG